AUGGACAUGACCACCCUCCCCAAACCCAUAACGCUCUCACCAACAAUCCACGCCUACGACCCUCUCACCUUCGAAUCCACCAGCACCAGCAAUGCACCACAAACAAUCAUCCUCGCCUACUGGAUGAACGCCCCCCAACGGGCCCUCACAAAAUACACCACCCAAUACCGCACCCUGUACCCUCGCGCCCGCAUCCUGACUCUCCAAAGCAGCACGGGUGACUUUAUGCGCCUCCCUUCACUACUAUCCACCUUCACAAGCACUACUACAGCCGACAACAACAACAAGAAUCCUAUUCAACCGGCGCUGGACUACCUCCUCCUCCACCACCCACCAACCAACACCCCCAGAGAGAGUGAGAGUGAGAGAAUCCACAUCCACCUCUUCUCCAACGGCGGCGUUUACACAACCACGACUCUCCUCUCCUCCUACAAAUUCACAACAGGAUACACCCUCCCCAUCACAUCGCUGCUCAUUGACAGCGCGCCUGGCAAACCAUCAAUGGUUGGAGCGUUCCGCGCGUUCUCAUUCGGUCUUCCCAAGAAUGUUAUCCUGAAGUGGGUGGGGAGGUUGUUGUUGGGGUGUAUGUUGCUGGUGAUGUUUGGGAUGAGGUGGGUGGUUGGGAGUGAGGAUGGGGUGAGUAAGGGGAGACGGUUGCUGAAUGAUAAGAGUGUUGUGGGGGAGGGGGUGAGACGGUGUUAUGUUUAUUCGGAGGGGGAUGGGUUGGUGGAGUGGAGGGAUGUGGAGGAGCAUGCGCGGGAGGCGGAGAGGGUAUUUGGGGAUGAUGAUGGUGGUGGUUUGGUGAGGAGGGAGAAGUGGGGGAGGGGGAGUGGGCAUGUUGAGCAUAUGAGGGUGGAUGGGGGGAGGUAUUGGAGGGUUGUUGGGGAGAUCAUAGAAGAUACUAUCUAG